GCGGUUACACAAAACAUUCUCGAAAAAAUUAUUAAAGAUUUAUUUUAUUCAACCUGAUUAUUCUUUUAGCCGUAGUAGAGCCAUAGUAUAUGCUGCAAAGCUGCUUUUGGUUGUCAAAACGAUGCCGGACAAGGACAAUGAUAAUGUGAAGGUGGUGGUUAGAUGCAGACCUUUCAACACAAAAGAAAAGUCUGCAGAAUAUCGUCAAGCUGUUAAAGUGGAGGAAGUAAGGGGUCAGAUUUCUGUAGAAAAAUCAAACUCAAGUGAGCCUCCAAAAACUUUCACAUUUGAUACUGUGUUUGGACCAGAGAGCAAGCAAGUAGACGUCUAUAACUUGACUGCAAGGCCGAUUGUUGAUUCCGUUCUUGAAGGGUAUAAUGGAACAAUUUUUGCAUAUGGGCAAACUGGAACGGGCAAAACUUUUACAAUGGAAGGUGUUAGAUCCGUCCCAGAACUCAGGGGAAUAAUUCCAAACUCGUUUGCUCAUAUAUUCGGUCACAUUGCAAAGGCAGAAGGAGACACAAGAUUUCUGGGUCGAGUGUCUUACUUGGAGAUCUACAAUGAAGAGGUGAGAGAUUUGCUGGGGAAAGAUCAAACAGCUCGUCUUGAUGUGAAAGAGCGUCCAGAUAUCGGGGUUUUUGUCAAAGACCUUUCAAUGUUUGUGGUGAACAACGCUGACGACAUGGAUCGGAUUAUGACACUUGGAAAUAAAAAUAGAUCUGUUGGUGCGACUGAUAUGAAUGAACAAAGUUCUCGUUCCCACGCAAUAUUUACUGUAACGAUUGAAUGUAGUGAGAAGGGAUUGGACGGCCAACAACAUGUUCGUGUGGGGAAACUGCAUCUAGUUGAUCUUGCUGGUUCAGAGAGGCAAGUAAAAACUGGAGCAACAGGGCAGAGGUUAAAGGAAGCCACGAAGAUCAAUUUAUCUCUUUCAACGCUCGGCAACGUCAUCUCAUCCUUGGUGGAUGGGAGGAGCACUCAUAUUCCUUAUCGGAACUCUAAACUGACGAGGAUGUUGCAGGACUCUUUGGGUGGGAACUCAAAAACAUUAAUGUGUGCCAACAUUGGACCAGCUGAUUAUAAUUAUGAUGAAACAAUAUCUACUUUACGAUACGCUAAUCGUGCAAAGAAUAUUAAAAAUAAAGCAACGAUAAAUGAAGAUCCAAAGGAUGCUUUGCUACGUCAGUUCCAGAAAGAGAUCGAGGAUUUAAAGAAGAAGUUGGCGGAGGAGGGGAGUGGGAGUGAGGGAGAAAGUGAGGAGGAGGUUGAUGAAGAUGGAAAUAUUGUGAGGAGGAAAGGUAAAAAAGGAAGAAGGCGCAGAUUGUCGUCGUCACACAUGGCUGAACUUCAAAAGAAAAUUGACGAAGAGCGAAAGCAACUGGAGGAAGGGAAGGAAAUGGUUGAAGAGGAGAGGAACAAAGUGAAGCACGAUCUUGAGAAGAGGGUGGAGGACCUCAAGAAAGCUCAAUUGGAGCAUGAACAGUUGCAAGAUCGCUUGCGGGUGAUCGAACGAAAGGUGAUCGUCGGCGGUGUAGAUUUACUCGCUAAAGCUGAGCAACAGGAAAAACUUCUUGAAGAAUCGAAUGUUGAACUGCAGGAGAGGAGAACACAGGAAGCUGAACUGAGGAAGCAGAUUGAAAGUAAAGAGGCAGAAAGACUGGAUAUAGAGGAGAAAUACAGCAAUCUGCGUGAUGAAGCGCAAGGAAAGACAAGGAAACUACGCAAAGUAUACAACAUGCUGAUGUCAGCAAAAUCUGAAAUGUCGGACAUGAAGCACGAACAUCAACGUGAAGUGGAGGCAAUGCUGGAAAAUGUUCGUCAAAUACAAAGUGAACUGACGAGGCUCUCUCUCAUCGUCAAAUACUUCGUUCCUCCCGAGUUUACUCAGAUGAUUGGAGAUCACGCAAACUGGAAUGAGGAUAUCGGGGAAUGGCAGUUGAAAUGUGUGGCAUACACUGGGAACAACAUGAGAGCUCCAAUACCGGAGAAGGAACCAAAUAAUAAUGAGCUUGAGAUGGAUUUAUCGGCAAAUUAUCUUUCUUAUCCUGGUGAGGUAAGACGGGACACGACGCAACGUCCAAAAACUGGGAAAUCCAACAAAUCGUCACGCUUUAAUAAGUUUGGCAAGAAGAAAAAGACAGUUUUAUCGCCACAAGACCAAAUUGAUGCUGUACUGUUAUCGUAACCAAGUUGAAAAGUGAUGUUUGAAUUUGAAAACCUGCAUGGGAAAGUUCAUCAUCUUGACCUAAAUCCUCCACUUUGCAACUUAUUGGUUGCACAAACCUUAUGUAAUGUUUUGAAAGAUAUUCGACAUCGCAAACAAAACUGUCACAGUACUUGUAUGGGUUAUUAUAUGAAUGCAAUGAUAUUACAAGCACAGCUGUGUUACAAACACACACAACAACAGCGAGUAUUAAAUUUACACACAGAUAUCCUUGAAGCGUAAUCCUGUACCUCGAAAUUAGCAUGUCUGAGGUGACAAAUUUAAGAUAGGUGCUUAACGAACGCUGUUGUUAUCAGGUGGUUAAAAUCCACAGUAAAACAUUUUGUAAACAUUGCUACAAUUAUUAAAGGUUUGAGUUGUAUGGUGCUACUUUAUUUUUCUUUAACUAUUUUGGUUCUACAUUUGUACAGUAUUUCAUAGCACGACAUGUUGUGUCCCGUAUAAUCGUUGAUCACUGUGUCAAAAAACUUCGGUGAAUUUGAAUAAAAUAUUGUGAAUAAACGUUGAUUGAUACG